CUCUCUCACAACAUCACAUGAGUCUGUUGGAAGUCGAAAGAAGACGAAGGAGUAAAAAGCAAAAUGGCGUUUGACGGAGAAGACUUAAACGUGGCAACUGGCCAUUAUUGUUUCGGUAUUUGUAUUUAGUGCAUACAUGUACGCAUAUAUGUCGUGCAGUAGAUGAAACAUUGUUAGUCAUUGUUUGUAUCCGGAUACAAUUAGUCUGAGCGCACUUUAUCGUGUCUUAGCCUGCUAGUUAGCUUAGCUUGUUAGCUGCAAACAAAGAGACGCGGACGUUAUCAACACGUCGCUAAGUAGAGAUCAAAUGUGAGUGUCAAGUGUUGAUAAUGUGCGAAAGAACCAUAGCAAAGUAUGAGGAGGACCCUUGUCCAACAAAAGAAGAGAAAGAGCUACAACAUCAACUACUGGACGCUGUUUUCAAGAAACACCAAGUUGUAUUACACACAACAGAUGUCCAGCAGCCCCCCCACAUUAAAAAGAAAGAGGAGGAUCCACAUCCCCCCCACAUGAAAGAGGAAGAGGAGGAAGUGUGGAUCAGUCAGGAGGAGGCUGAUCUCAGCAAGUUUCCACUGACUGUUGUUUGUGUGAAGACUGAAGAGCCUGAAGACAAAGCACCUGAGUCCUCACAGCUUCAUCACAGUCCAAACCUCUGUGAAGAACAACUUCUGCCUGAAAAACAAGAGUGGAGCUUCCGGAUGGUGAAGGAGGAUCCAUCAAAGAGGAAGACCAGGCACCACUUAUCCUCUUUUACACAGACCCUUCCCUGUAAAAAGGAAGAGGAAGACUCACUGACGCCCCACCUGAAGGAGGAAGAGGCGGGACACGGCGUUAGUCAGGAGGGAGGUCAUAUUGAAGGACUGGUGGAGUUCCCAGUGACUGGUGUCCCUGUGACGAGUGAAGAUGAUGAGGUCAACGGUGAAAGUGAGGAGAGGGGAGGGGGGGAGCCUCCAAGCAGCAGCUCAACACAACACAUGAGAAGAGAAGCUGAUGGAGACCACUGUGGAGGAUCACAGGCAGACGAGCUCUUAGCUCCACUAUCAGAUAGUGAGGACACGUCGUCACACUCUGAUGAUGCCACAUGUCACACUGACAACACUCACUUGAAAUGUUCUCACUGUGACAAAACCUUCAACUGCACUAGUGGUCUUAAUAGACACAUGAGAACACACACGGGAGAAAAACCCUUUUCCUGCUCAGAAUGUGGUAAAUGUUUUACAGUAAGUCAGAGUUUAAAAGUACACAUGAGAAUACACACUGGAGAAAAACCUUUUUCUUGUUCAAUCUGUGGUGAAGGUUUUGCACACAGUUCGUGUAUGAAAAAACAUGUAGCAGGACACACAGGAGUGAAAUAUUUUAUUUGUUCAAUCUGUAGUAAAGGUUUUGUUCUAAGUAAAGAUUUGAACGCGCACCUGAAAACACACACUAGUGAAAAACCUUUUUCCUGUUCAGUCUGUGGUAAAGGUUUUGUUCUAAGUACCAAUUUGAAAGUACACAUGAGAGGACACACUGGCGAAAGACCUUUUAUCUGUUCAAUCUGUAGCAAAGGUUUUGUUACAAGUAACAAUUUGAAAGGACACAUGAGAACACACACUGGUGAAAAACCUUUCAUCUGUUCAAUCUGUGGUAAAGGAUUUGUAGAAAGUAACCAUUUGAAAAGACACACGAGAACACACACUGGUGAAAAACCUUUUUCCUGUUCAGUCUGUGGUAAAGGUUUUGUAGAAAGUAAUCGUUUGAAAGUGCACAUGAGAUCACACACUGAUGAAAAACCUUUUUCUUGUGCAAUAUGUGGCUUAUCUUUUACCAGGAAAGAAUGUUUGAAAGUGCACAUGGGAACACACACUGAUGAAAAACCUUUUUCUUGUUCAAUAUGUGGCUUAUCUUUUAAAAGGAAGGGACAUCUGAAAAGACACAAGAAAAUACACACUGGUGAAAAAUCGCAUUCCUGUUCAAUCUGCAACAGAAGCUUUUGUGAACGAUCAAACCUUGUCACACACAUGAGAACACACCCAGGAGAGAAAGUGUUGAGUUGCAGUGUGUGUGGUGAAAAAUUCUCUUAUGAGUACCAGUGUAAGAAACACAAGUGUGCUGGUGAGAACAGCAGCAGAAAAUGAACUGUCAGGACUUUAAUGUUGACUUUCUGACAACCCCAGCACAUAUAACUUGUGUCACAUUAUUGUUUGUCUAACAAUCUUUUUAAUAUGCCUCCACACUCAUAGAAUAUAUACUUUAUUUUAGUGCUUAUUUCAGUCAAGUGACAACACCAGCACAUAUAACCUGUGUGACAUUGUUGUUUGUCUAACAAUCUUUUAAAUAUGCCUCUACACUCUAGAUUAGAUCUUUUAUAUUAGUGCUUUUUUCAGUCAAGUACAUGCAUUCAUAUGCAACAUUGUGUACUUUUAUUAAAAAAUAAACCGAACAAUUUGACUGAAAAGGUGAAAGUAAACAGUAGAAGCCAUUUUAUUUAUAUACAAUAAACAUUUUAUGUCUAUAUAUUCAUAAAUCAAUUUUAGAUUUAUUCAUAAUAGUGUUUUUAUAGGUGUUUGAAAUAUUAAAAUACACAUUAUUUCUAAUUGUUAAUGAUCCUGUAGAUUAGCAGCUUUGUAUGAUAUACAUAUGUACUGUUUCACAUCUGAAACAUUUUCUGGAUUAUAUUUUACUUUAUACAUCAUUUAAACAAUUAUCUUAUACAGUUUUAAAAUGUGUGACAUUAUGAUUUAUUUGUUGGGUCUUUAUAAUUAAUUUUAUAAAUUAUUUUUGUUACUCUCUUUUAUAACAUGAUGAUUGUGUUGUGAUGUUUUAUAUGUAUGUCCUGAGACCUUUAUGCAAUAAAAAAUGUGUGAGAAAAUG